CGGAGCGAGUUCGCUGCAGUCUGUGCCCACCCCUGCCCGGGUCCCUGCAGCCGCGGCGCCAGGGCUGGAGCCGGGGGAAAGCGGGGGGGGGGUGGGCGCGACACUCGUUGUUCCCGCUGCGUCGGCACCGGCGGAGCGAGGGAACCUCCCCCAGCUCCGGGCGAGGCUCUGCUCGGGAGCCGCCUCGGGAGGAGGAGAAGGAGGAGCAGGAGGAGCAGGAGGAGGAGGAGGGAAGAGUCGCUGUGAGGAGCUGAGUAAGGAACAGAACGCACCAGAGAAGCUCCAGUAUGAAAUUCAUCUCUGCUUAUUACUUGCUGCCUCUUUUCCCCGCACUGGUCUUCGGCGCUAGACAGGGCUAUGAAGAACUGGAAAGACAGCUGAAAGAAGUCUUUAAGGAAAGGAGCAAUAUCCUUCGUCAGCUGUCGAAGACAUCUAAAGAACUUGAGGGAAUUAAAGCAAACCUCCAGUCAUUGAAAAAUGAUGAAGCAUCAGCCAAAAAUGAUGUGCAGAAACUUCUGGAACUGGGCCAAAAGCAAAGGGAAGAAAUGAAAUCUCUCCAGGAGGCCUUUCAAAAGCAGCUUAAUGAGGCAGCUGAGAAAGCAGAAAAGCAGCAGGCUACCAUCAACUUUUUGAAGACUGAAAUGGAAAGGAAAAGCAAAAUGAUCCGUGACCUUCAAAACGAGAACAAAAGCCUCAAAACCAAGCUCUUAUCAGGAAACAAGCUUUGUGGUAUUCAUGCAGAAGAGUCAAAAAAGAUCCAAGCCCAGCUGAAAGAGCUUCGUUAUGGGAAAAAGGACUUGAUUUUUAAGGCACAACAGCUAACAGAUCUGGAGCAAAAACUAGCAGUUGCAAAAGAUGAACUGGAAAAGGCAGCCCUUGACAAAGAGUCACAGCUGAAAGCUCUGAAGGAGACUGUGCAGCUUUGCCUGUCGUCUGUUCUGCACAGUCAGCCUCCUGCUAGGAAUCUAAUCCUUGCAAAACCAGCUAAGCUGACAACUCCAGUUGCAAAGGGCUCGAAAGUUCCAUUUCAAGUGACAAGCACCAAGCGAAAUGCCUCAGCCGAGAAAGAGAAUUUUCACAUGGCAUUGAGAAAGGAGGAAAAUCAGAGCUUCCAGGACUGCGAUUCUCAAGAUGUUGGCAAGACAUGUUUGGGGAAUCGCAGUAAUUCAACAUCUCAUUUGAAGACAGCAGAAUCAGAGACAAGCUUUCAGAAGUUGCACAGCUCUCCAUGGACUAAACCCGAAGAUAAAAAAUCACCUGAAAGGAAUGAGAAAAAAAUCGAGGAGCCUAUUAGUACAAAAAGAAAAAAAAUCUAAGCACUACUAAUUUCCGUUCAAAAUGCUUAUGACUUGCUUCCAUCCUCAUAUUGUUUUUAGUCCAGAGGCAUGAAAUGUACCAGGUUUCUAAAGCAUGCAUUUUUCACUGUUUUUUGAAUGUUUGUAAAUUAGUCUAGAAUAGACGAAUUACAUUCCAGCAAUAAUCCAAAAUGGAUGUUUGAAGAAAUGCUUUGCAAUACAGUCUGAUUUUCGAGCUCUUGUUUAUCUGAUUAGUAAUUGCACACUAUAAAUUAGUUUCUUAGUAGACAACUGUCAUUCUCAAGUAUUUUCACAGUCUCUUCUGUUAUUGCAGUUUAGGUUUUAAAUCAAGUUCAGAAUUAAGUUAAUAUGGGGAAAAAACAUUUGUGUAAACAUAGUCUAAGUACAGUAUAACUCAUAAAAACUGUAAAAACGGAAUAGUGGAGGUCCAUGUAUACUUACCUUUCAGUAAUACCAUUUCAAAUCUGCUUACUUAAAAAAUAAAAGACUUUUUUUUAAUCUAAUG